UAGCUUCAAAGUAAAAACAAACAAAAACCCAAAUCGGAGAGAAAACCCAAGAUACAAGAUUACAGUCUAAACAAUAACAAAGAUGGCUGCCCCUUGAACUCCUGCAGAAUUACCCAUUUCUGACUCUAUAAUUUAUAAUUAUAAGAAUAUAAUAAUUAAUAUAUAGAAUAGAUCUAUUACUAUAUUAUAUAUAGAGAGAGAUCUAUAUAUGUAUAUAUAUAUAAAAUUAUAUAAUAGGCCUAUAUAUAAUAUUAAAUUUAAAAUUAUAUUACAGUCAGAGUCAUAGCAGACGUUACUAAUUUACUUCAAAAAAGAAGAUAAUUUAUCAUAAUAAUUAGAUCUCUAGAUUUAGACAUCUAAAUUAAUUGUAGAUCACUACUGAUCUAGUCAGUGUAAGACUAGUGAAUCAUAUUAAUUAAAUCUAGUCAACUGGCUAGAGUAGAUCUAGAAAUCUUGAGUAGACCUAGACUCUAUGUCCUACAUAAAAUGUAUUUUACAUGACACGUGUCAAUUUCUUUCUGUAGUUGAGUAGCUUAAAAAAAAAAAAACUACUAAAAAGACUUUAAGACGGAAACUGUAUAACAUUUUGCUGUGUUAUUCAAACUUUUACUACCAUCUAAAGGGGAAAAUGGAGUCACGCCCUCAUGAGAAAACGUCUGCCCCCUUCCCAAGGGGUGCCCCUCACCACAGCUUGAGGAAAGCUGCAGUAGUUCUUUUGAUUUUGUAAUGGGCUUGUUGUCCUAAGAUCAUCAUCAUCUUUAGAAAAGCGUCCUGUAGCGGGCCUGUUCUGUUUACGAAAAAAAAACAUCCAAAUUACGGAAGUAUGUCAGUCAAGAUAAAUUGAACUAUGGGUCUAGUGAAACUGAACAGGAAAGCAAGACAAGGUUAUAUUCUUGAAUCAUAAUUUCAUUUAUGAAUUAUAAUUGGUCAUUUUGACAACAGUUUUACUACCCGUACAAUGGAAUUCGAUCUUCCUUUUCCAAAACUGAGUACUGACUCUUCUGAUUCAUUUUUGCGUUAUAAAUUAUUGAAGCAAAGAUUCUUGUGUCAUUUUAAGCAAAAAAAUCAAGAAGAUUAUAGAUACCUUGCUAAAGAAUCAAGUGAAAUAUCCUUAUUGCUUUUUCUCGGUGGUGAAAAAGUUUAUCGUUUAGCAAAAAGCUACCUGUCAUUGGUGAAUCAGGGUGAUGAGAACUUGAAAAACUCAGUCAACAAAUUGCUGUUUGAUCUAGAAAAUCUUUGUUUGCCUUUAUUUAUCUUACUAUAUGAAAGAUUUAAAUUUUUUACAUAUCAUCAGAGUGAAAGAGACAAUAUUAUCAAAUUCAUCUUACUGUUAAACAGUUUUGCAAGUUAUUGCGAACUAUGUGACAAUGCCAAUGAGCAGUUUCUGAGUCAACUUCAGAAUGGUGUUUUCAAUGAUGAUCUCCGUAGUCAGUUACAUCAGCAGAAACCAAAAAGCUUGAAAGAAAUGCUCACUAUUUGCCUGAAAUUUGAUGCAUUAAAGCAAAGCAACUUAGAUGAGUCAGCAAAGAAAAAAAUGAAACUUGAGGAUACAGUAAAACUGAUUUCAGAGAUGUGUAAGUUCAAUACACUAGAUCUCUGUUCAGAACAUAAUGAAAAUGUCAAAUCUACUUUAAAAUCUAACAUGGAACAGGAAAGAAACAAAGUAAGCAAAAGUGAUAAUAAAAUUCCAUUGUCAUCACCAUCUAACUAUAAUGAAGUGACAACAGGACAAACUAGAAUCAAAUUUAAUCUUUUCAAGGCUGAUAAAUCAUUGUCUGAAACUAACGUUCAGAAAAAAACAGCUAGAAUCUCAAGUGAAUCCUUUGUGGUUAAGAAAAGGAAAAGAGACAAAAAGAGUUUAGAAAUGAUAGUCAAUAAUGAUCAUAGUUCUCAAAACUUUGGUAUUACCCAUUCGUUAGCUACUGAGGCUACAUCUCUCACAAGAAAUAUAACAAAGAAACAAGAAACUAAUGAUUCCAAGUUUUCUUUUAUUUCAGUUGAAGAAGUUUUAACUGAUAUUGCUGAUGACAAAUAUAACCAGAAAGAUGAAAAUCUAAAAUUAAAAUCAUCAGAAGAAAAAGGUAUUGAAAUAAAUAACAGUAUUUGCAUAAAAAAAGAUGAUAUAUAUAUGUGCACUGAGUUGUUAAAACAUCAAGAAAAGAAGAAAUGUUCUGUGAGUAAUAUGACAUUUCAAUCCUCUCCUAAUCUUAACAUUCACAAACACUCCCAUCAUGAUCAGCAGCAAUUCAAGUGUGACAUUUGCCAAAUUGUCUUUAUACAUUGGGACUCACAUUCCAUUCACAUGCAAAGCACACAUCCAGAGUUACUGACAUUAAAAUGUGAGCAGUGUGAUCUGUGGUUUGAUGUUCAAACUUCACUAGACUUUCACAAGAAGACGCAUACAAAGAGCAUCACUUGUACAGAGUGUGGUCAAUUUUUUACAAAAACAAGAGAAUACCAUCAGCAUCGCCAAAAAGAACAUCCCAAUUUUUGCUUCCCCUGCGAUAAGUGUGAACUGACUUUUUUAUUUCCUUCCAAAUUAAAAAUUCAUCAAAUGAGCAAGCACAAUGCUUCUAAGCCUUACAUUUGUGAGGUAUGUGGUUCAUCCUUUGCAGAAUAUAAUAUGCUAGUAAGUCAUAAAAAUUAUCAUUUUGGAAACAGGAAGUUCCAAUGUGUGAUGUGUGGUCGACGAUUUGUUCUCAGGUCAACAAUGAAAAGCCACAUGCCUACUCAUUUGGAAGAAAAACCUCACAUUUGCAUAAUAUGUGGUAUGGGUUUUAAGGUUCAAAACUAUUUAAAAACCCAUAUAAAAAUACACAGCAACAACAGAAUAAAAACACACGUUUGUUCCAAGUGUGGUGCUGCUUAUUUUAAAGCAUCUCAUCUAAAAAAUCAUGAGCGUAAGCAUACAGGAGAAAAACCAUACAAAUGUGAUACAUGUGGAGUAGCUUUCUUUCAAAUGUCUAACUUAAAAAAUCAUGCUAAGUAUGUGCAUGAAGGCUAUAGACCUAAAGACAAAUUUUCUUGUGAGUACUGUGGUUUGUCGUUUUCAUUUUCUAGCAAACUAAAACUUCAUCUUAUGAAGCAUACAGGAGAGAAACCUUACUCUUGCAGCAACUGCAACUCAGCAUAUCGAGAGAAAAGCCAGCUUGUGUAUCACAUGAAGUCCCACAAUGGCCAGAAAGAUUAUCAAUGUCCGAUAUGUAAUCAACUAUUUCUACAGAAGGCCUAUCUGGAAGGCCAUAUGAGAAAACAUACUGGUGAGAAGCCAUUUGCGUGUUUAAUCUGUAGUGUUAGUUUCACUCACAAAAGCUAUCUUAGAGAUCAUGAGAAAGUUCACAACCUUAAUCGUGAGAGAAAACACAAGUGUCGAGUGUGUGGGAAAGCCUUUACAUGUUCCUCUCAUUUGAGGAGCCAUGAGAGGCUUCAUUCUGGUGAUAAGCCUCACAGUUGUCCCAUAUGUGGGGACCAGUUCACAAAGCGCUUUUCUGUUAAAAAGCACUUAAGAAGGAUCCAUGGCAUUCAGAAUAUUCUUGACGACAUAAAGUUUUCACAGUUAUCUCAUGAUAGGGCAUCCCUAACACAACUUCAUCAUCAUGAUGAUACCACUUCACCCAUUAUUCCUCAAGACAUACACACUCCUCAUUCAGAUCCUCACCAGAAAAUACAUUUUACAUCAUGUACACAAGCCACACCAUCUGACCCUGUGCUCAAUAGAGUAUUUUCUGAUGACAUUGGCACUGAACUACAACCACAACUUCAGCAGCCUAACACUCUACACCCAGCUGCUAUCUCUCAAAUGCAACAGCAUAACAUUGCUCGACCAGGUUUACUUCCGGCCCAGAUGAGCGUCCAGUCUUAAACUUAUACUUAGAUUUCUAGUCAGAUGUUUAUAAUUAUAAAAUGUCAUGUUAGUUUACUUGUGUGUCUAACUAAAUUUUUUUUUUUUUUUGCGAAAGUUACAAAGUUGCAAAUCAAAAAUUGAAAAUAACCUACUACCAGUAUGUUUAAUAUUAUUGUUAUAACUUUUGCUCUUGUUCUCCUGUUUAUUUAAAAAGAAUGCCGUAAAUAUAAAUGAUAAUUUAAGCUUUUGUAAAACUUGACACAAUUAAUCUAAUGACAUUGUUAAUUUUUUAUAAUUGUCAGAAUUUGUUUGUUACCGCACCAAAAACAUCUUAUUAAAAUGUUUAUCUCUAUAUCUAACGAUGUUUAAUUAUGUUUUAUUUUCCAUUUCACGAUACAUUCUCAGAGUUAUCCUACCUUUUUUAUUUAAACCUAGCUAAAGUUUUUAAGCAAAUAUCUAAAGGAUACAAUGCACGUAAUGAAAUAGGGGAUGGAAUUCUUUCAUUAUGUUUGUGUUCCAAAGUGUGACUCUUGAAUACUUAGGAAUUCAUAACACUGUAGAUUUAUUAUUGAACAGAAUUAAGUUUUCUUAGCAAAGAGCUCACACCUUUUCUAUUAACUUUGUUAAAAAUCGUUACUAGUAUUUAGAAUCAUUCAAAUUCACUUUUAACGAAAUGGUAACUUACAUUUCUGGUCACUGAAAUACAAUAUUCUUUUUAUAUUAUAAUAUCACAUUUAAAGCAAUAAUCUGUUUUGAUUGUGUUCUAAUUACCUUAUUAAACUUGUGGUUUAGAAGUUUAUUAAAAACUUUUAUCUAUAAA